UGAAGAUUUGAUUGCAUGACAGAACCUCCGCUGCGACGUGGAGAUGCAGUCAUUCUUGUGGGGUUAAGUAGGAGCCUGCAAGCUACAUCAAGGAAAUCUGUUGUCACCAACCCUUUUGCUGCUUUGAAUAUUGGGUCUGCCGAUUGUCCACGCUUCAGAGCAACCAAUAUGGAAGUCAUUGAGCUUGAUACUGACUUCGGUGGUACAUUUUCUGGUGUGCUAACUGAUGAGCAUGGAAGGGUUCAGGCUAUCUGGGGAAGCUUUUCAACUCAGCUAAAAUAUGGUUGUAGUUCAUCAGAAGAUCAUCAAUUUGUCAGAGGUAUUCCAGUUUAUACAAUCAGCCAAGUCCUUGACAAAAUCAUAUCUGGUGGAAAUGGAUCAAAUCUUCUCAUAAAUGGCAUCAAAAGGCCAAUGCCUCUUGUCAGGAUCUUAGAGGUUGAAUUUUAUCCUACUUUGCUUUCCAAGGCCCGUAGCUUUGGAUUGAGUGACAAAUGGGUACAGGUACACUUUCUUCCUUGCAGAAAUCUAUUUCUUUUUUCUCUUUUAUGCAUUCAAGAGGGUUGCAUUUUGCUUUGGUAUCUAGAAAUGCUUUGGAGUUAGAGUUUCGCUAAUUGACACCAUCUAGGAAUGUCGUAGGCUAAGAAGCAUGGAUACAAACAAGUGACACAACACAGACACUCCGACAUGAUAAUUU